UAUAUAUCAUCGACUUGGUCUUUAAAUUUCUUCAUAUUACUCAGUUGUCUUCUCUUAUUUGUUAGUAUUUAUUUUACUAGCUAAUUGAUUGAUUAAUCAUUAAAUUUAACUUUUUCCUUUUUAUUUCUACCAAAAGGUAUCAAUCCAACGGACAUGAGGAAACUAAAAUAAAAUACAAGAUUGCAAGCAAAAUGGAUCCGGCGAAAACCAUCAGGGUUCUUAAUGAAAGAGUUCAAAUCGGAGUUGAACAAUCUUUGUACUCAAAAUGACGAUCCAAAGAUGAAGCAUCAAGUGCGAUGCCAGCACGGAGUAUUAUUAAAAAUGCAGAUUUCUUGGUCUCCUAAUAAUCCCGGAAGAAGAUUUUGGACAUUCCCAUUCUAUGGGGCUAAGAAAUGUAAGUUCUUUGAAUGGAGGGAUGAUCCUAUUGAUGAAAGGUCUAAGUUUGUUAUUCACAAAUUGAUUAAGAAAAUGGAAGAGCAAGCAGUGAAAUUGAAGAAGAAAAUGGAAGAGCAAACAGUGGAAUUGAAGAAGAAAAUGGCGGAAGAAGUUGGUUUGACAAAUGAAAUGGAAGAAGGAGAGUCUUCUUGCAUUGAUGGAGAUAUUGGUAAUGACAAUAGUGAAAUCGCCAUCAGUAAUGAGAAUAUCACUACAAAUGAAGAGAUGAAAGUGUUAAAGGUUGAAGAAGAGAUGAAAGUGUCAUAGCUUGAAGAAGAGAUGAAAUUGAUGAAGCUUGAACAAGAGAAGAGGGGUAGAUGCAUUACUAUUAACAAGUUUUUGUUUUUGUGUUUCUUUGGUGUUGUUAUUUGGUUUAUUGGGUGUUUUUGAACAAGCAUUACCAAUGUCGAUUGCCAUAGUAGGAUUACAUGUUUGUAUGUUGAAGGAUGUUUAAGUGAUUGUUAUUCACUUUAUAUAUGUAAG